AUGCAAUUGACCGCGUUCACGCUUGCUCUUGCUGUCGGCGGCUCGCUGGCACAGGUCAACAAGAAUCAAACUCCGACCAACCAGACCUCUCCACCAAGAUAUCCCAGUCCUUGGAGCAGUGGGGCCGGCGGCUGGGCAGAGGCAUACAAGAAAGCAAUUGAGAUUGUUGAGCAAUUAACUCUUGAAGAGAAGGUGAAUUUGACUACAGGCUCUGGUUGGCAGCAAGAACAAUGUGUUGGUCAGACCGGUGGUGUACCUCGCCUUGGCAUUCGUGGUCAAUGUCUUCAGGACUCGCCCGUGGGCAUAAGAUAUACGGAUUUUGUCAGUUUAUUCCCAGCCGGUAUCAAUGUCGGUGCGACCUGGGACAAGCGUCUCGCGUACGAAAGAGGCAAAGCUAUGGGAUAUGAGAACCGCGACGAAGGUGUUACUGUCCUGCUUGGUCCUGUCGCUGGAACGUUGGGAAGGGAACAAGAGCACUUCCGCCAAACUCCUGAGUCACGAGACUAUGGCUUCAACAUCACCCAGCCUGGAUCUUCUAAUAUCGAUGACCAGACGCUUCAUGAGCUUUACAGUAAGGAUUAUGGUAGUCUACCAAACGCACACGCUAAUCUCUUUCANGAUUUGGUCAACAAUUCACAAGCAUGUCAAAACAGCUAUUUACUCAACCAUGUGCUCAAGUCUGAACUCGGUUUCCAAGGCUAUGUCAUGAGCGACUGGCAAGCCACUGCAAGUGGAGUACCUGCCAUCCUCGCUGGACUGGACAUGACAAUGGCUGGCGACAUUCGUUUUGGUGAUGGCUUGAGCUACUUCGGCCCAAACCUCACAAUCGCUGUUUUGAACAGCACAGUACCACAGUGGCGUCUUGAUGACAUGGUCACUCGUAUUCUAGCCGGAUGGUAUCUUGUUGGUGGAGACACCAAGGUAGCCAAUCCACCAAAUUUUCAGUCUUGGACAUCCGAUACUUUCGGCGCCGUACAUGCUCACGUCGGCUCUAGCUGGGGUACUGGUCUUGUCAAUCAACACGUCGAUGUGCGUCGCGAGCACGGAAGGUUGAUUCGCGAGAUUGGUGCUGCGUCUACUGUGCUUCUCAAAAACACACAUGGUACGCUGCCUCUGAACAACACAGCGAGGCUGACGGCAGUGUUUGGUGAAGAUGCAGGCUCCAAUCCCAAUGGUCCCAAUGGAUGCAGGAAUCAUGCCUGUGAUACUGGAACACUUGUCGUUGGUUGGGGUAGUGGUCAAGCCAGCUCUCCAUAUCUCAUCAGUCCCGAUGCGGCGAUUCAGCAUGAGGUCGUCUCUCGCUUUGGUUCAUACGAAUCUAUCACCAACAACUCUGCGCUUACUCAGAUCAACGCCUUGGCUCGCCGUGUCAACGAUGUCGCUGGAGUUUGCAUAUGCUUUGCCAACGCAGACUCGGGAGAAGGCUUUGCCAAUGUCGAUGGCAACUAUGGUGAUCGUAACAAUCUGACUCUUUGGCAAGGUGCUGAUGCUGUCAUUGCGAAUGUGUCUGCUACAUGCAACAACACCAUUCUUGUCAUUCACUCGGUUGGUACCGUUGAGAUUGAACAGUACAAGCAGAAUCCUAACAUCACUGCUAUCCUCUGGGCAGGACUUCCCGGUAAGCAUUACGAAUGCUUCAUUGUGUGUUCAAAACUGACAUCUUCCAANGGCGAACAAUCAGGAUAUGCGAUUGCAGACGUCUUGUUCGGCCGAGUUAAUCCUGGAGCGAAACUCCCCUUCACCAUGGGACGUAACAGAUCUGACUACGGCACUGAUAUUCUCUAUAAGCCCAAUCAAGAAGUCCCGCAAUACAACUUCCAAGAAGGCGUCUUCAUCGACUACCGCGGCUUUGAUCAUCGAAACAUUAUUCCAGUCUAUGAAUUCGGCUUCGGAUUGAGCUACACCACAUUCGAAUACUCCAAUCUCACGGUGGAGAAACUCGAAGUCGCUGACUAUGUACCAACGACCGGUACCUCUGAACCUGCACCCACUUACGGCACCAUCGAUAACAAUACUUCUGCCCACGUGUUCCCCGAAAACAUUACCAGAAUUCCACUGUUCGUAUAUCCCUGGCUCAACAGUACCAAUCUCAAUGCCUCCUACGGUGCACCAAACUACGGCGACAACUCCUUCAUCCCCACCAACGCACUCAACGGCUCUACCUUCACCCACCCACCAUCAUCAGGACCCAACGGCGGCAACCAAGGUCUCUGGGACAUCCUGUACCACAUCCGCGUCACCAUCACCAACACCGGUUCCCUUGUCGGCGACGAAGUACCACAAUUAUACGUUUCCCUUGGCGGGCCUUAUGAUCCCAAAAUCGUGCUUAGAGGCUUUGAGCGGGUGAAGAUUGAUGCUGAAAAGAGUUUGGAGGUUACGUUUCCGUUGGCGAGGAGGGAUAUUGCGAAUUGGGAUUCGAGGAUGCAGGAUUGGGUUGUUAGUGGGUAUGAGAAGAGGGUGUUUGUGGGGUCUUCGUCUAGGGAUUUGCCGUUGAGUGUGGUGCUUGGGUAG